AUGGUUGAAGAAGAACAAGCAAUUUAUCGAAAAGCGUUAUUUGACGAUGCGUGGAAUAAUAGGCUCGUAAGAUAUUUUCACACCGAUCCUUACAUUAUGGAACAAGUUGAGAAAAUGAAACAAAAAAAGAAGCUCGAUCGAUUAGUACCACCUACAAGUGUCGCUUCUAAUUUCCAGGAUAUGAAGCACGUCCUUCCACGACAUUUUGAGCUUGUCAAAUCGAUGAAUCUAUUUAAUUUGCAAGCAACCAAGAUGUUGGUUUCAACGCCCGCUGGUGCAAGUUCUCUGCAAAAUUUUGCUGAUCCAAUUUUGAAAUUUUCCAAAACUAUUUAUCACACUUCAGACAAGUACUUUACCUAUCAUAGAAACACUCUUAUUUAUCAACAAGAGAGUGCAGAACAAAUAGAUGUAGAUGAUACUGCUGAUGAGACAUCUUCAACCGUUAAACCUGUCAAGAUACCAAAAUUACCUAUCAGCACCAAUAUUUACAAAGUGGAUGACCCAUCCUUGAAUCCUAUAUCUGCCAUGGAUAACUCAUCAGCAGUCUCCACCGAUCACUCAGCUAUUAAUGUUGUCUAUGAUCCUCUCAAGCAUUUACAAAAAUCCACAUCUUCCAUGAAUGUAUAUUUACACCGUAAUUUACCACAAGUGUCAGAUGAUUGCAUUAUUAAUGAUAUUAUAUUACCAAGGUUUCCAGAAAUUGAUUUCGUUUGUGCAAGCAGCGCAAUGUCUGCACUUGUGAAUACUUUAGGUCCUAACUUCUCAGAGGAAUGGUGUAUUCCAGUAAUUGCUAAACCUUAUUCUAGCUCUACGACUAGUGGUGAUACAACCGUGUCACAAAACAAGUUUACAAUAUUCUUAGAAAAACCCUUACUCAAAAAAGUAUGGACGCAACGAGAUGUGAAUCAAAUGUAUUACAAGUAUGCGAUCAAAACAGUCUCUCUCAGAGAGCCAUUGAUUCAUGUUCCCUCAAAGACAACCAUUCCCACUUUAAAUCUCGACGAGCAACAAUCAUGCGAAAAUUUUUCACAGUUAGAACUCAUGCAUCGUGAUGGAGAACCAAUUUCAUAUAAUUUAUUUACACUUGGAAAUUGGAAAAUAUUAUUUCGAACAAAAAUAGAUGGAGCGUAUAAUGACGUCAAAACAGAUCGAGCAACUGUUGUGAAAUUAAUCACCAAACUUGAAUAUCAAACAGAGAAAGGACUUGAACUUUCAACACAAAGCGAAUUGGCAAAAUGGUGGACCAAUGUCUUUUUGAGACCUGCUUCUGCAAUUAUUGUGAAUCGAGUAGAUGUAGCACAAAAUAGAGUUUGUAGAACAGAAUUCAAACGAGUCAAAGAUGUGCUUCCAGAAGUAGAGGAUGAAGAGGAAGAAAAUGAAAGAUAUUGGUCCAAUGUGUUGACAUCAAAUUUGUCAUCUCAUGGAGUGGCUGGAGGAGGUGCAAAUUGUGGAUUUCAACCACAAUUAUCCAUUCAAACUGUGUAUGGAGUGUUGACAGAAUUGAUGAAUCUCAUCUCUACAUUUAAUGCGCACAACUUGCUUGAUUAUCGAUUUUUGAUUCAAAAGAUGGCCAACGAACCAUAUAUUCACUUGUUGGUGGAACAUAGAAAAUCAUCCUCAGUUGAUUCGUUGAUACCAAGAAGUCAAAAAUUUUAUUAUGAUCUGCACAUGGAUUAUGAGAAACAUGGAGGAGUAAACGAUCUAAAUAAGAUGGAUUACAUUCCUUGA